GGCGGGAAACAGGAAGCGUCGUCCAAGAUGGCGGACGAUGAACAAUUCUCUUUAUGUUGGAAUAAUUUUAAUUCCAACCUAUCGGCGGGAUUUCAUGAGUCCCUACAACGUGGCGAUUUGGUGGAUGUGACACUGGCUGCUGAAGGUCAGCUAGUCCAGGCACAUCGGCUCGUACUAUCAGUAUGUUCGCCGUAUUUCCGGAAAAUGUUCAACCAAAUGCCUAAGAAUCAACAUGCUUUCGUUUUCCUGAAAGAUGUUACCCACUCGGCGCUUCAGGAUCUCAUACAGUUUAUGUACUGCGGCGAGGUGAAUGUGAAGCAAGAUGCCCUACCCGCCUUUAUCAGUACCGCCGAAGCAUUACAAAUCAAAGGAUUGACAGAAACGGGUGAUAGUGCACCAUCACAACAGUCACCCAUAAAAGACGACACCCCGGCGGUCCCUGUGGCGACGGCCAGUAUUUCCACCACCGUCCCUGCCACUUCCCAACGAACAAAGGUUCAGCGUAACCGCAUUCAAUCGUACAAAUUAGAGUCGGAAGAGAGUGGCGAUGACAAAAUAGUGCAUUUGCAAACCGCCAGCACAUCUCAUCACGUGACGACGGCUCAGCAGCUUCAGGUCCAGACAAGCAGCAGUUCUCAGAAACGUGUCAUGCCCCAGCGUGGUCUACAGAGUCAUGCCAGCAAACGGACGAAAUUGUCCAUCAGUGCUAGCAGCGACGGACUGGACACGUCGGAUACGGGAACCACACCGACCCAGACGCAGACCGUACAAACGGUGCAAAUAGUGAAGCAAAUCCCGGCACAAUUGAUCGAACCGGAAUACAUCGAGCUACCGAUCGAAUCGAUUAAUCCUAAAGCCGAGCCAGACUAUACGGAGGAAACGGCCGAAAUCGAAACGGUUGAUGCUGAAACGGAACAGGAACACCACAAGCUAUCGGAACAUGACCAAGGCGAUGCGGAUGAUGAUGGGAACUACGUGGAAGAUGAAACGUACGGCGAUAUGGGCAUGAGCAAGUACGAAGAAUCAUACCUAACGGAAGGCGAGGAAAGUGCAAAGCCUGGCGUUUCUGGAUUCGUGGAUUCGUAUACAUCGGACGGUGGAACUGGCACGGAACAAUCGACACAAGUACCACUUUUUAAUUUAAUGGAACCAGCCAUCAAAAUCGAGGAGGAUAGUACGGACUUUGGCGAGUUUGCGUUCCUCUCCGAACAGCACCUGAUGGAGGACAUCACGGACAGUAUUAAGAAGAGUAGUAGUAGUAGUAGUAACACAUCGAAACGGAGCCUGUCCCGCAAGCGAAAGUUGGACAUUGCCGAGCUGUUUCAACUGUCGUCAUGCGGCAGUACCGCCGCUAGCAACCAGCGCAAUCUGAUAGAAAAACCUUUCCCAAUAUUAACGAUCGCUGAGCUGAACGAGUUCGAUACGCUUCUGUUGGGAAAUCUUUCUUUUACGGAAAAAUGUGCACAAAUGCUACACUCGGUAAUAAGGGAUGAAGGCAACUCGCUGGACAAUGCAACGUGCCAUAUGCGGUUGCUACUAGAGCACGCGAUCGACUAUUCGGUGAUACUGCGCUACAGCUGGUACGGCUUUAUGCCACGAUCACCUGCCGCCCGGAGCAGCGGCGAACAGCACCCAUUCCGAAAUUUGUUGGGUGUGAUCAGCUUGUUGCAUCGGGCGCGCCAAUUACGUUUUGCGACCUGCAGCCGGGAGGAGAUUAACGAAGGCAUUGAGAAGUUUCUCAAGCGAAAGUUACGGUGCCAUGCGCUGUUUGUAAAAAAGCAACAGCUAGCAAAACAGUUAGGCUAG